UGUACUGUCGUCAUCUCCAGAGGUUCCUGAUGGAAUUCAACGGGAACAGACAGCGUCAGAGACGCCAGUUCGGAGACCAAGUGCAGAAGGAGCUAGAUUGGUGUCGCAAAGCCACUUCGAAAGCGACUCAGUUGCACAAGGGCAGGGUUACACACUUCCUGACCACCGACGCCGCAGACAGUGGUAGGGGAGCCCAACUGAACAGCGUACACAUGUCCGGAACCUGGACAAUAAGCCAAAGGUCGUGGCAUUCCAACAAGAAAGAACUGUUGGCAGUGUACCUAGCAAUAAAACAACAAUCUCAUCAACUCCGCAAGACUCUUAUCUUGUUACAGACAGGAAAUCGAACUGUAGUGGCGUACAUCCAAAAGGAAGGGGGUACGAGGUCCCUGGGACUAUACGAACUGACUUACGACCUAUUACACCUAGUAGACCAGUUGGAAAUCCUUCUGUCAGCUCACUACUUGCCAGGAAAAUACAAUGGUAUAGUCGACAGGCUAUCCAGAGGCGGAAUUCUACCAGAAUGGCACUUAAGGCCAGAGGCAACGCAAGAGGUCUUCCGGAAAUGGGGAGUUCCCGAAAUAGACUUAUUUGCAAGCGCCGAGUCUGCUGUAGUCAAAGCAUACGUCUCAAGAGACUGCAAGGAUCAGUCAGCCAGAUUUAUCGAUGCCUUCAGUCGAGUCUGGGACUACAGCCUAGCUUGGGCCUUUCCACCACCCAACCUUUUGCCGAGAGUACUAGCUCACCUCAACAGAUGUCGAGGUCGGUACCUAAUAGUCACGCCCAAGUGGGAACAGACGUUCUGGAUGGCGGACUUGGCCAGCCGAAGCUUAGAGCAGGCCAAUGACAAUCAAGAACCUGGAACAGGUACUAAUGGAUCUGUCAACAGAAUGACCAAGGACUGGUCAUCACAAGAAAGAGAUUUGGUGAGAGAGAGUUGGCGAGCAUCGACCUUACUUACUUACAAAACUCCGAUCAAGAAGUGGCUAGCUUGGUGCCGAGAGAAAGGGAUGGAUCCAGUAGCACCCAGGGGUGUGGAUCUCGCUCGUUUCCUUUCUCAUCUCUUUUUAGACGAGAAGUUAGUCUACAGCACUAUCCUGGUCCAUAAGUCGGCAAUAGCCACAUUUUGUGCAAAAAGAGAUCUAUCGUCAGAUUUUUUAGUUAAACAGGUUUUAAAAGCAAUCUCAGUGGCAAGGCCGAAGGAGACAAGGUCGUCGAUCUGGGAUGCACAGAUCCUGUUGGAUUGGCUAAAAUUAGACCUACCAAAUUUAUCCUUCUUUGAGGUGUCCAGGAGAGCAGCUACGAUACUGUUGCUGGCUUCAGGCAGAAGAGUCCACGACUUAACGUUACUAAAAAUUUCUAAAGAAUCGCUGGAUAAUCUAGGCAACGAGAUCAUCUUAUGGCCGAGUUUUGGCUCUAAGACAAAUAGAGCCGAAUUUAGACAAUCAGGCUGGAGACUGUCUAAACACGAGAACAUAAGGAUCUGCCUAGUUACAUGGGUUAGAGCCCUGAUCAAGCUAUCAGAGAAGCGAAGAUCAUCACAGAACUUGGAAGAGUUAUUCAUCACGGUCACUGGUUCAGUAAAACCGGCUUCGAGGACAAUCAUUGCGGGCUGGGUCCGCUCGGUCCUAAAAGAAGCAGAUAUCGAUGCUUCACCAGGCUCGGUACGGGCAGCAGUGGCUUCCAGAGGUUGGCUUGAUAAUUUGCCAGUCCAGGAGAUUUUGGAAAGAGGUAACUGGAGGAGUGUAGAGACAUUCAGGAACCAUUACUGUAAGCAGAUAGAAGGACAAGGCCAAGAGUCCCAAGGUCUUCUGUUCAACAACUUCAACCCGAUAGGAAGGACAGGUUCCUAAGGGCAAUUAUGAAGAAACUAGCACAAGCUAGAAAAUUUGGUAUGUCCAAAACAUCUUGUUCGAACAAUAACCAAGCAGUGUGAAGAUCUCGAUCUCGUAUUAAAGUUUGACAACGAGGAUCACGAAUAACUGGUUGCCCACGCAACAAUGAUUGCAAUUCGAAAUAUGUUACGGCUUGUAAAUCUCGCAGCUUUUCUUUGCUGAAGAAGACAACGCUUUUGAAGCACCCAAUGAAGCUAAUGUGGUCGUUAGGGACAUCAAUGAAAGAAUCGAAGUAGCUGAAGAAGAAAAUGGAGUCGGGACGAUAAAUGACGAUCCAGCCUUUGUUGAAGUAACCACUCUGGAUGGGAAACGAUAUUUUAAAUGUUCUGAUGUAUGUUGUGUGUGUAGAGACGAGGAUUCCCCAGUGGACAUAAUUUACAACCCUUGCAGACAUUCUGUUUUGUCAAGGAUGUCAAAAAAACUACGUCAAUAAAGUGUAUGGAGCGAAAGAAAUUUUUAGAUGUGCCUUUUGCCGUGCUUAAGUCCUUUGGCUAGACUUAAUUAUUUAAUAUUUUAAUAUUAAUAUUAAUUCUAUAAUUUUAAUUCUAUAAUAUUUUAACUAAC